ACAAGAGGCGAGGCUAUAAAUCCGGCGAAAGCCCGCCGCGCCGUCCGCACGCCGCGUCCUGCUGGCUUCCGCAGUGUUAUAUUGGAGGCCAAACAAUCCAGGUUUACUCUCCAGACAGGCAGCAUCUGCAAGGACAGACAAGGCAUCAUCGAGCUGCAUAACCUGCGGUGUGUGCUCUGCCACAACGCCUCCCUCCGAGCAAACAGAGAGCGCGUGACUCCGCCCCAUCAUGUGCGGCAUUUGGGCCCUCUUUGGCAGCGAUGAGUGCCUCUCUGUUCAGUGUCUGAGUGCUAUGAAGAUUGCACACAGAGGCCCAGAUGCCUUUCGUUUUGAGAACGUCAAUGGAUACACCAACUGCUGUUUCGGAUUUCACCGGUUGGCAGUAGUUGAUCCACUGUUUGGAAUGCAGCCAAUUCGACUGAAGAAAUUUCCUUACUUGUGGCUCUGUUACAACGGUGAAAUCUACAACCAUGAGAAGCUGCGUCACCACUUUGGAUUUGAGUAUCAGACCAAAGUGGAUGGUGAGAUCCUCCUUCAUCUUUAUGACAAAGGCGGAAUUGAGCAAACUGCCUCUCUGCUGGAUGGAGUGUUUGCGUUCAUUUUAUUGGAUACUGCCAAUAAAAAAUUGUUCCUGGGAAGAGAUACCUAUGGAGUCAGACCUUUGUUUAGAGCCAUGACUGAAGAUGGGUUCUUGGCUGUGUGUUCAGAAGCUAAAGGCCUUAUUAACUUGAAGCAUACCAUGACUCCAUUUUUAAAAGUGGAGCCUUUUCUUCCGGGACACUAUGAAGUUCUGGACUUAAAGCCCAAUGGCAAAGUCGUGUCUGUGGAAAUGGUCAAAUACCAUCAUUGUCGGGAUGAGCCUCAGCACGCCGUGUAUGACAAUGUGGAGAAACUAUUCCCAGGUUUUGAGGCAGAGACCGUCAAGAACAACAUCCGGAUCCUCUUUAACAAUGCUGUUAAGAAACGUUUGAUGACCGACAGAAGGAUAGGAUGCCUUUUAUCAGGAGGUUUGGAUUCCAGCCUAGUUGCUGCCACCCUGAUGAAGCAGCUUAAAGAGGCCCACGUUCAGUAUCCUUUCCAGACGUUUGCGAUUGGUAUGGAAGACAGUCCUGAUUUACAGGCUGCUAGAAAAGUAGCAAAUCACAUUGGAAGUGAGCACCAUGAGGUCCUCUUUAAUUCUGAGGAAGGAAUUCAGGCCCUGGAUGAAGUCAUAUUUUCCUUGGAAACUUAUGACAUUACAACAGUUCGUGCUUCUGUAGGUAUGUAUUUAGUUUCCAAAUACAUCCGGAAGAACACAAAUAGUGUGGUGAUCUUCUCUGGAGAAGGUUCAGAUGAACUUACACAAGGUUACAUAUAUUUUCACAAGGCUCCAUCUGCUGAGCAAGCUGAGGAAGAGAGUGAGAGGCUCCUGAGAGAACUCUACUUAUUUGAUGUUCUCCGUGCAGAUCGAACUACUGCUGCCCAUGGCCUCGAACUGAGAGUCCCCUUCCUGGAUCACCGAUUCACUUCCUACUACUUGUCUCUCCCACCAGAAAUGAGGAUUCCAAAGCAUGGGAUAGAGAAACAUCUCCUGCGAGAGGCCUUUGAGGAUACUAACCUGUUACCUAAAGAGAUUCUUUGGCGACCGAAAGAAGCUUUCAGCGAUGGGAUAACCUCGGAGAAGAAUUCUUGGUUUAAGAUUUUACAGGACUUUGUUGAACAUCAGGUUGACGAUACAAUGAUGGCCACUGCCUGGGAGAAGUUUCCCUUCCACACUCCAAAGACGAAAGAAGCUUACUACUACCGCCAGAUCUUUGAGCGCCACUACCCUGGUCGGGCUAACUGGCUGACCCAUUACUGGAUGCCUAAGUGGAUCAAUGCCACUGACCCUUCCGCCCGUACACUCACCCAUUACAAGUCAGCCGCCAAAGCUUAAGUGCACUCUAAGCAGAAUAGUCAACGGUAAUGCUGCUUGUUUGGCGUUGUACGGUACGACAGCUGGGUCCUGGGAACAAGGAGCCUAACUCGUUUACUUGAGUUAAAUAAAAUAAAAGUCUUAAAUCUGAAACAUUA